AACCCGAGAUACUUCAAUAGACCUAAAACCAUGAAGGUGAAUAGUUCCGUUGAUAAUUUCUCCCGCAGCAGUUCUGCCAGAUCGUCACGCAAAUCUAACGUCGUGCUUCCCAAAUCCUCCUAUUCGACGCCGACACCAGGAUCAGCCCCAAAAAGUCCAUCGUUUAAUUACCAAUGCACCAUGGAUGCGCCCGCCCAUCCGGUUUACAGUCCACAAAUAUCACCCAAAUUGCAGUCUCCCAGUUGCUCUGGUAGAAGUUCGCAGAACGAAAGAGUGUACGGCAAUAAAUCGCCGAAAGUCGUUCUCGACAGUGACGGUCACGAAAGGGCUGUGUUCGACUUCAAUGUAAAUGGUUCGUUGAGAUCACCCAGUUUGCCGCCAAAGUCACCCCGUUCUCCGAGGUUCAACUACGACGAAGAGGUGAAGGAUGCACAUAGUUCAAGCGAUGGCGACUCGUUCAAUUUACAGUCGCCGCCGAAGAACAAGCUGAGAAUGUAUCACAGGCAGAGAUAUCAGUCCUCAAAGAGCGAUUCCAACAAUUCCAGAUCCAGUCUGGAAUACCAGUCCACCACUAGACACCCGACUGGUGCCUACCAGGACAUCGAAUACAAGAUUUGUCACUCUCUGGAUUCUGACUCUCAGCAAAGCGACUUUCAGACAAGUUCGAGUUACAAGUAUUCGACCGGAAGCUCCAGACAUUCCUCACUCAAGGACAAAACCAGAAAGCCCAGAUGCAACAUUCGCACAAAUCCAGGAUACGAUGACAGAUACGGCUCGAGCAAAUCCAUAAACGAAUCCGAUCGACCUGAACGUCCGAUACAGAGAUGCAGGAAAUCAACAUCAGAUCUCACCGAUAUGACCGACGAGGCCGUCGCCACCACAAUGACUUCGUUAAGUAGGCCCAGUUCACCUCGUCGCAGGAGUUCUGUGAAGGGAGGUCUGGCUUAUUUGGCGUCCAGAAGGGGAUCGAGAGAUUCAGUUGCGUCCAACAUGUCUAAUGUAUCGAACGAGGACAUUGGGCCACUCAACUUUCAAAACACAGUCAGAGGCAGGCAACGAAGGACGUCCAACUUUUUGGAGCUUCCUGUUCCAGACCACAUAAGGCCGAGAGUCUGCUCGUUACCGGAGAAGGCCUACAAUCCGAGACUGAGUGACGACAUCUAUCGACUGAGGACCUUCAGUAUUACCAAUAAAGGAGGAGUUGUUAACUGCGGGGACUCCAUCAUUAACCGGAGGUCCAGGUCUAAUACCAGUGUCAAUUCCACGGCCAGUAGAGCCAGUAACGUGUCAGGUGAACGGUCUCCCUUCGAGGGUUCCUGCUGCGGAUCUGGAUAUCACACAGUUGAUUCGACGCCCCUCGGAUCCCCCGAGGAGAUGGAAGUACCGAAAUAUAGGGUGGUGAUGUUAGGCGACGCGGGUGUUGGAAAGACCGCCCUUGUUUCUCAGUUCAUGACAUCGGAGUACAUGAAUACCUAUGACGCCAGUUUAGACGAUGAGUUCGGCGAACGACAGGUCUCUGUGUUGCUGGAUGGGGAGGAAAGUGAAAUGAUAUUUAUCGACCACCCUUCAUCCGAAAUGUCCGUGGAAAACUCACUGAGCACUUACGAGCCGCACGCCUGCAUAGUAAUCUACUCGGUAACGUCAAAGUCCAGUUUUCAACACGCUGAGGAGACGCUCAAUUAUCUGUGGCGUGAGGGCUAUACUCAGGAGAAGAGCGUAAUCGUCGUGGGUAACAAGGCUGAUCUGGCGAGGGCUCGCGUCAUCACCGCAAACGAGGGAAAAGCAUUGGCGGUCGCCAGAGACUGCAAAUUCAUUGAAACAUCUAGCGGCAUCCAGCACAACGUGGACGAACUACUGGUGGGCAUACUGAAACAGAUUCGUUUGCGAGAAAGUAGGGACAAGAAGAAAUCUGGAUUGAAGAAGGAAAGUCAGAAACUGCACGGAUCCAAAACAAGUUUGAGCUUGAACAUUGCACGGGAAAUUUUACAGAAGAUUUGCAUGAACGACAUCAGUAAAUCCAAGUCCUGCGAAAACCUUCACGUCCUAUAAAAAUCCUGCUCACAUCUAUAAUCUCUUCAGUUUCAGGUAGAAAUUUUGUUGGUUAAUAU